AUGAGGAGACUCCGGGCGCUCCGAGGUCUCUUCACUUGUGGAGGUUGCUGGUCCCGGCCUCCCGUUCCGGAGGAUGGAGGCAGGGCGGCAGAGUCCGUCCCUGCAGCCGUCCCCACCUUUGCUGAGCGAGUGGCUUCUCUGUCAAACCGCCUGCAAGACGAGGAGCUCUGGGGCUCCCUGGCAAUAAGGAAAAGCAAAGCCAAGCUCUUCCCUUCUGGGCUGUGUCCCCAGGGUGACAGAGCGGACACCUACAGAGAGCUGGAGAGAGUCCUGCAGGGCGAUGACGGCCGCGUGCAGAGUGCUGUCCUGGCCAGAGUGAUUGCAGCGGCCUCGAGGGACAUGAGAGCGGCGCAGGGUGUGACGGAGGAGGUGCGGAUGGCCGCCAGCGACGUCCUGGUGGCUCUGGCCCGCUCCCACUUCGACAGCGUCAUGUACGAGCUGCAGUGCCACUUGAAGGCCCUGGGAGAGAUCUCCGAGGACCUCGUGUUCAUCACCUUGGGCAAGCUAGCCAGCAGCUACGCCCUGCGGUGCGUCCCCUUCAUGGGCAUGACGCUCUUCGCCCUGCGCACGAUGCUGAGCCAGGUGGGGAGCAGCCGGACCCUGCGCGCCGUCUGCAGCGUCCUGGAGCAGUGGUCGAAGGCCGUGAACACCUACCUGGGCGCCUGGGAGCAAUGCAGCUUCCCGCGCAUGGGGCAGGCCCAGUUCUGCAGCAGCGUUUCCCCACUCUUCCUCCACGUGGUGGGGAGCUGGCUGGGCUGCGAGGAGGAGGAGGCCAAGCAGGCCGUCCUGGGGGCGAUGGCUGCCAUGAUGGGCCUCCUUGUGCGCGAGGAAGAGCACCGCGAGCGCAUGUGGGAGCAGCUCCCCUGGCUCCUGGGCCAGUAUCAGCAGGUCCAGGACACUUUCCAGGUGACCAAGGCUCUGAGUUAUUUCCUGGAGAUUUUGGGGGAAGUGCAGAUCCCCAUCCCCCAGGACGAGGUCCAGGCCGUCGGCACCGCUGUGCACCACCAGCUCAGUGAUGGGAGCAAGCAGCACAGCGGGGAGCACCGGUCGGAGCUGUCCUCCUGCGUCCUGCUGCUGGCCCGAGUUUGCCCUGAGGACACGGUGGCCUUUCUGCGCUCGCAGCUGGGGAGUGGGAGCGAGGCCGCUCACGUGGUGUCCUUGGAUCUGCUCAGAGCCCUGGUGGCGAGGGCAGUUCUGCGCUUCACCAAGGAGCUGCUCAGCUGCAGCGUCCAGAGCUGCUCGGCCUGGGAUCUGGUGGCCCACGUCUUCGCCACGUUCAGCCAGGCCUCCAGCAGACUGGCGCAGGGAAAGCUGUCUCAAGCAGAAGCGCAGGAAGCAGCAGAUCUUCAAGCCCUGUGCUUGGACAUCCUGCGCUCUCUGGAUGUCUCCGUCCGGGGGAUGACCAAACUCCUGUGGCCGCGGCUCCUGCAGUACGUGGUGCCAGCCCAGUACACGGGCACAUUGGUGCCGCUCUGCCGGUGCCUGCGAGAGCUGGCCGAGAGCCGGGGGAGAGCAGGGGGCGAGGACGGAGAGGAGGAGCCCGAUGUCGUGGCCUCCCGGGAGCGAGCCAAGCUGCCGAGGCCGCAGGCCCUGCUGGCUCGCCUGCUGGUGAGUAGUGGCCCUGGGGAAAGCGCUUUUGGGGGCUGGAGGUGA